AUGCCUGGUGUCGUUGUUCUUCCCCUACCAUCACCUAGUCUCGCAGGAUUCGGUCCAGAGACUCACAGCGGAGCUUACCUGCAUCGACAACCUAUCGAUCCUCCAGUAGAUUCUCCGACUAUGCACAAUGGCGCCUCAUCUUUAGGAUCUGUCUUGGAGAUCAAGGAGCGUGCUAAAAGCGUUGCGGAACGUAGUAAGGGUUUUAGUGCCAAAACACUCCUUGGGUCUGCUCGUUCCCAGUUACACUUAGCUCACUCGAGGGAUGUCGCUCGUGACCCAAAGGCAGCUCUGCAUGCCCUUUACAUAGCAGCUAGCCUGAUUACGACUUAUAUGAACCACUCCGACUACGCCGCCGACAGGACUAAGGGGAACCCAAUUCACCAUGAGUUCCUACAGUUCUACCAGGAAUACGCGGCUUCUCUGAACCGUAUCAAGAGCCUCGAGAAGGAGCUGGGUGAUCUUGAGAGAUCGACCACUGCUGUGUCACCUCAUCAGGGAGAAUUACCCAAUAUAACAUCGCUCGCAGAUCGCUUGAAGAUGCUUGGUCAAAACGGACUUGUUGAUUCCACGACGAAACGUUAUUCACGGGAAGUUCCCCUUGGGACCACUCCUCCCCUUUACAUCCCGGAUUCAGCCCGCCCCAAUCGACCGUCGCCUUCGUUAUCCGCUACCGCUGCUCUCAGCACUGCAUCUUCCGCAUCAAACUCUACAACACAUUCACCAUACGCAGUCGUCCCGCCGUCGUCAUUUGGGCCACCGUCCCCGACGUCUACUGAUUCGUCAGAGGAGACGGGCCUUGAUCAUGUUGCGUUCGGUCUUGGUGGGGCCGCUACAGCCAAAGUAGAUAUACCAAGUGCAGAGAAGGAUUUGGGAGGUGCAUCAACAUUCGAAUCAUCAUCACGUCUCUGGAAACCUGCAAUAAAUGACGCUCUUUCUGGCCUACCUUCAUCACCUGAGCGCCGGUUUCCGGAAUUGCCGAUCGAUACCACAGGGUCAACAUUCGAAUCAACUUCACACUUAUGGACACCUCCAAUAAAUGGCGCGCUAUCUGGCGCACCUACAUCACCUGAGCGCCGGUUUCCGGAACUGUGGAACGAUUCCCCAGGGCUACUGCUCAAAUCCCACGAUUCAGAAACAUUCAGUGACACUCCCGCUUCCAUAAGCCGCGCGAACAUUCUUACGCACAUCCCGUCAUCCAUAUCAUACAGCCAUAGUCGUCCUGAUAGUACACCCCGCACACCUCCCGUUAUACCCCAUUCACUUACAAACGGUCCUGCGGCGACAUUCACACCUAUACAAUACCCCUCCUUCUCAACCACAAGUUAUUCCUCUGCUUCUAGGUCAGGGGGUACGUCCUUAAUAUCUCAGCCCCCAGCGAUUCCUCCGCAAGCGAGCAUCAACCACUCUCCCCUUGUCCGGAGGCGAAGCGACUACGUCGAACAAGGUUCUGGUAGUGCGUCGUUUAGCGCCCGCCUCCCCAUCGACUACCCCGAUCUCCCUCAUUCUCACGUUAUUCGCCCUCCCCCUCCAUCGUUCCAGCGGCAGCAUUCUCACUCGCAGUCAUAUUCCGUUAACACAUUUAAGGAGCCUCCCAAACCGCCCACAAUACCGUCUACUUAUCCUGUGACAUAUUGGUCCGACAUGCAAAUCGUCACGGUUGGCCUCAAGAAUAUGGGAAAUACAUGUUACAUGAAUGCUACAAUUCAGUGUCUCAGUGCCACGGUGCCAUUUGCAAGAUUCUUCACUGGGCUUACGGGAGAUGACUCUGAUUUAGAAGGCCGGUGGAAGCAGGCUGUCAAUGCAAUCAACCCCAUGGGAACGAGGGGGCUUCUCGCAUCAGCGUUUGCAAAGAUUCUCUACGAAAUGUCGCAUUCUGAGCUUCCGCAUCUGAUCCCCGCUGCGUUCAGGAAAUCAAUAUGCACGCAUGCUCCUCAGUUCUCGGGAUCUGACCAGCAUGACUCGCAAGAAUUCCUCACCUUCUUGCUUGAUGGCCUCCAUGAGGACCUUAACCGUGUCCUUCAAAAGCCAUCCAAUGGAACCACGCCUGAACGUGAGGCCGAACUGGAGCGACUUCCUCAGUCGAUUGCCAGUACACAGGAAUGGGAGAUAUACCGAAUGCGGAACGAUUCACUUAUUGUAGAUUUCUUUCAAGGACAAUUCAAGAAUCGGUUGGUGUGCUUGACGUGUCGUAAGACAUCGACGACGUAUAAUUCCUUUAUGUAUCUUUCGCUUCCCAUGCCUUCCGUAAGAGGCCCGUCCAAGAUAUCUUUGCAGUCAUGCCUAGACGCCUUUGUCAAAGAAGAAGUGCUCUCGGGAUCGGAGGCUUGGCACUGUCCGCAUUGCAAAACUCUGCGCAACGCCACCAAACAGCUUUCGUUGUCACGCCUUCCACCAAUCCUGCUCAUCCACCUGAAGCGCUUCUCGCAUAAAGGGGUAUUCACAGACAAGAUUGAGACCGUCGUCGACUUUCCUCUAAAGGGUCUGGAUUUGACGAAUUACAUGCCUUCAGCGCCACCCCCUGGGAUGCAUAACGGUUCAGCAAAUGGUAUUGGCACUGAUGAUCCGCGAGUGCAGACACCACCAUAUAGAUACGAUCUAUAUGGCGUGACGAAUCAUUUUGGAAAUUUAAGCAACGGUCAUUAUACCGCUUACAUCGCUUCUCGUGGAGGAUGGGUUUAUUGUGACGACAGUCGGGUCACGCCGACUGAUGCCAAGGACAUAGUGGGACGCCCAGCAUACGUGUUGUACUACAAGAGAAUCAAAUCAUAG